UCCUAACGUUGUUGUACGACCCACUGAAGUAUCAAUACUGGGGAUUACUGGACACAGACUGCCCAUACGAGGAUGUUGUGAAUUGCUAAUCAGAGAUGAUAAUUCUUCAUACAUACCUUGUGAAUUUUUAGUUAGCGAAACAGGACUGUCAAUAUUGGGUUUAAAGAAUUUGAAAAGGCUUAAGGUGGAGUUGUCCUUCUUAGUUUCUAAAGAAAAUUCUGAUACUUUACUUAAAGAUUUGAUAGCUAUGUGUGCUAAGUGCAGUGGAGGUAUGAAAAUUAAGCCUAUAAAACUUCAUGUACAGGGUGAUCCCGUCUUUCUUAGAAGACGAAUAAUUCCUUAUGGUCUUCGAGAAGCAGUACAUAAGACAUUAAACGAUUUGUGUGUGAAAGGCAUAAUUGAACCAAUUCAGUCUUCAGCAUGGGGUACUCCUAUCGUUACGCCACUGAAGUCGGACGGCAAGACCCCUAGAAUUUGUGGUGACUAUAGAUUAACUCUGAACUCCCGUUUGUUGAAGCAAACGUGCACGACGGUAGAAGCUGAAGAUAUUCUAAAUCGACUUCAUGGUUCUAAAGUGUUCUCGAAAGUUGACCUGAAAGAUGCUUAUCUUCAAAUUCCUCUAGAUGAAUCUUCAUCUAUUUUGACGACAAUUAACACUCCUUUUGGUCUGUUCAAAUACAAUUUCCUUCCAUUCGGUCUAAGAUGUUCUCCAGACAUAUUUCAGGAAGUUAUGAAUAAAGUAGUUAGUGAUCUUGAAGGUGUUGAAGUUUAUCAAGAUGAUCUCAUUGUUCAUGGCUCUAAUAAGGUAGUUCAUGACCAGGGACUUAUUGCUUUAUUGCGUCGUUUAAUUGAAAAGAAUAUUACAGUGAAUCCAAAUAAGCGUUCAUUUUGUGUAUCUAGUUUUGAAUGCCUUGGAUACCUAGUUGAUGGUAAUGGUUUUAGAUCAGAUAUGAAACAACUAGCUCCACUGACUAAUGCACCGUCUCCAAAAAAUCUUACAGAAUUACGUUCACUAGUAGGUGCUCUUCAAUACUAUUCCCGUUUUAUUCCUAAUUUUUCUUGUCGUGCGAAUUGUUUAUUUAAUAUUUUAACAUCCAAUUCAUUCAAAUGGAGUGAGGAACAAGAGUCAUGCUUACGAAGUCUACUGAAGUUUCUUCAAAGUGAUGCUGUUCUUCGAACGUACUCCCCUAAUGUACAUUCUGUGCUUAUUACUGAUGCAUCACCUGUGGGAAUUGGUGCAGUUUUGGAACAGGAAGGUAGACCAGUUAUUUGUGUUUCACGCAAACUUACUGUUACUGAACAACGUUAUUCACAGACUCAGCGAGAAGCAUUAGCUGUGUUUUGGGCUGUUAAAAGACUUCAUAAAUAUUUAUUCGGAAAGAAAUUCACUAUUGUUACGUAUCAUGAAGCUUUAAAGUUUAUUUAUCAUCCUGAAAAAUCAUUAGCACGUUCCUCAGCAGCUAUAGUUCAGCGAUGGAGUAUUGCUUUGAAUGCAUAUGACUAUACGGUUCAGCACAGAAGUGCCAAACAGAUUCAACAUGUUGAUUACAUUUCUCGACAGCCAUUACAAGAUAAAUCUAUCAAUACUUCGGAUUGUUUGUUAGUGCAACCUUUACCAGUGAGACGUUCAGAUCUCAUUAGAGAAACUCGCAGAUAUUUUGGAUGUAUACUCAGUGCUAUAAGGAAAGGUUGGAAUGCUAAUUUGAAACGUAGAUUUCCUAUCUAUUUUUCAAAGCGGGAUGAGCUAUCUACUACUCCUGAUGGUAUUCUGUGUUUAAAUGAUCGUGUUGUCAUUCCUCCUUCAUUGCGUAAAUCUGUUCUUGAAGAUCUUCAUAGUGGUCAUUUAGGUGUUGAGAAAAUGAAGUCCUUGGCAAGGCUCACAUGCUGGUGGCCAGAGAUAAAUGCAGAUAUAUGUCGUACGGCAAACAAUUGUGAGAAAUGUCAUCAGUUGAAAAAUCAUCCUUCAAAGUGGGUGCCAUGGCCAGUAUCGUCUGAGGCCUGGCAGAGGAUUCAUGCUGACUAUUGUGGACCAUUUCUUGGUAAAUACUACGCACUAGUAGUCAUUGAUUCUUUUUCAAAGUGGCCUGAAGUUUUUUUCACAACUUCACCAAAUUCUGAUUUCACAAUACAAGCAUUAAGAAAGGUGUUUAUUCGAGAAGGAGUUCCCAUGGUGUUGGUGACUGAUAAUGGCUCACAUUUUGCUGCAGAUGCAGCCACUACCUGGUUGAACGGUAUAGGGUGCAAACAUCAAUUUACUGCUCCUAGACAUCCGUGUUCUAAUGGUCAGGCAGAGAAUUUUGUUAGGACAUUAAAGACUGCUAUUGAUUCUAUAGCCCCCUCAACAUUUAAUGAGCUGGAGAGGGGAGUAGAUACUUUUCUAUUGCAAUAUAGAAAUGCCAAACAUUCGGUGAAGAAGGAGACUCCAGCGAAGCUAUUGAAAGGAAGAAUUCUUCGGUCGAAUAUGAGAUGUUUGGAGUCUGAAGAAGUUACAUACUAUCGAGGAAAUGAUCUUCGACCAUCUACGGGUAUUGUUCUGAAGAAUGUCGGAAAAUCGAUGGUGCGAAUUCUAGACAUCGAUGACUUAAGUACACACAGUCGACAUGUAGAUCAAAUACAAUUUCAGGUACCAGGUGAGUCAGUUCCAAUUUCGAUUGUUAAUUCUAAUGCUAAUGAGCAUAUUCUAGAUAAUACAGAAUCCUUAUCCAAGACAAUGUCAGACAGAUUCAGGAUGAAUUUGAGAAGAAGAUGUACGAUUGAUUACAAACACCUAGACUCCAAUUUAAGCUGUGGCGGAUGUGGUGUUUGAAUGAACUAAUGA